AUGAGAUUAUAAUCGAUGGUGCACAUCUUAUCAACGUCCCUCCUUCGAUCGCGUUAUUUCUUCGAGAAAGACACGCCCUAAAAGCAUCGCGCAUCAUUAUCCUGUUCGACUAAUUAAUGAAUAUGUAACUCGGUCAAGUUUGAUUUCGCAUUGCUCUUGGUGGAUGAUCCUUCUAUUUGGAUGCUAUAUAAACCGUCCAUCAUCAGGGAUCAGCGAAAGGAUAGUUUGAAGUCAUCUGAGAAGAAACCACUCUGUCGAUUCUGCCAAGAUAUCCUAAUUUCGAACAACUUCAACCAUGGCUUCAAAGCUACUCGCAGUCGCCCUCGUUGUCGUCCUCGUUGGGUCUGUAUGCGCCAUGAUUGACCUCGACGAUGACGGUAUGGCCAAUGGGUAUGCGGACGAUGGCGGGUAUGCACUCGAUGGGUAUUCGCUAGACCAGUUCAUUGACAGUCUUCAACCCUCACUCGCAGUCAAGAGAGAUACUAACAGAGCCAAGGCCAACAGACGAUACUUCAUGUGUCCUCCGAUUCCGGGAUCUUCCCAAGAAUGUUGGUGCUUCAAGAAACCACCACACAAGAUAUUCCAUUGCUUCGGAAUAUCCAAUGGAAAAUAAUCACCCUCAGCCAUCACAUGGAACGGUAGCCACAGCUGGGACUGACUGUAAUGUCGACAAUUAUUUCCCUAAACAGUCACUUUAAUUAUAAGAUUUUCUGCUCUUCUUCUGGUAUAUGCCGAAGCCCAACAAAGUCACCCCCUUCAAACAGUACCGUAGUGACAAUUUUAUUUCGUAUGAUGGAUUUAUCGUUCUAUUUGUAAGUUAGCCCAUGAUGGGAUAUUAGUAUGAAUUCGCAUGCAUUGCGCCAUGCUUUUGGAUUUUAUUUUUAAUUCGGUUAUCAUCGAGGCUUUCUGUAUUGGCUUGGUUUUGAAACCAUCUAAACUUUUCAUCGUAGAGGGGGCUGUAUUACUUGAAGGUUAAUGCAGGGCAGUACUUGUCAUAAUAUGCCUCAGGUUUAGUGUACAAUGCCAUAUCCAAUAUAUUUAAAAAGGUACUAAGUGGGAUGUGCUUGUUCUUGGAAAUAUAAAUAGAUGAUGGGUUAAAUGUAAUAAUGGACAUUUCAUUAUAUAUUUAAUGUAGAAAAUUUAAAUCGACUGAUCAAUUCGAAUAAAUACAUCACCUGCAGAGCAA